AUACCGUAAUAAGCAUUUUUGGUCAUACCGCCCAGCCCUAAUUCUACCUCUCAGAACAGAUCUGAGUCUGUUUGGGUUAUUGUGAGACCCUUUAAAGCUCAUUUCUACACUGAUAGAAGUCAGACACACAGCAUGGAAAUGUAUAACAGUGGUUCGAUAACAACGAGGAGAAACGGAACUAAACACUGCUGUUCAACUAUAACAAGAACAAUUUUUAAUAACCAGCUUUUAAGAAUGGCAAUAAUAAUCACUGCUGGUUUUAACUUAUUUUACAUUCUAUCAAAAUGAAUCAAUAACGUCUUGUUGUCUCUCCGUCCCGUCUUCCAGUCCGAUGAGGACAUGUUUAACCCGGACUAUGUGGAGGUGGACAGAGUCUUGGAGGUGGCUGUCACCACGGACACUGAGACUGGAGAGGAGGUCACCCACUACCUGGUGAAGUGGUGCAGUCUCUCAUACGAGGAAGCGACCUGGGAGCUGCAGGAGGACCUGGACCCAGAGAAGAUCAAAGAGUUUGAGGAGAUCCAGAAACUGCCACCAGACCUCAGACACAUGGAGCGUCCUCCUCCAGAGAAAUGGCACAAGCUGGACUGCUGCAGAGGUUACAGGAAUGGAAACCUGCUCAGAGAAUACCAGUUAGAGGGAAUGAACUGGUUACUGUUCAACUGGUACAACAGAAAAAACUGCAUCCUGGCAGAUGAGAUGGGUUUGGGAAAGACCAUCCAGUCCAUCACGUUCCUUUACGAGAUCUUCAGCAUGGGGAUCCGCGGGCCCUUCCUCAUCAUCGCUCCUCUGUCCACCAUCACCAACUGGGAGAGGGAGUUUAGAACGUGGACUCCCAUGAACGUCAUCGUGUACCACGGCUCUCAGAUCAGCCGGCAGAUGAUCCUGCAGUAUGAGAUGUUCUACAGAGACCCGCAGGGGAACACCAUCCCCGGUGUGCUGAAGUUCCACGGGCUGAUCACCACCUUCGAGAUGAUCAUGGCCGACUGUCCUGACUUGAGGAAGCUCCACUGGCGCUGCGUGGUGAUAGACGAAGCUCACCGCCUGAAAAACAGGAACUGCAAACUGCUGGAGGGGCUGAAACUCAUGAACCUGGAAGACAAGGUUCUGCUGACAGGAACCCCUCUGCAAAACUCAGUGGAGGAGUUGUUCAGCCUGCUGAACUUCCUGGAGCCGCUGCAGUUUCCUUCAGAAAGCACUUUCCUGGAAGAGUUCGGAGACCUGAAGACAGACGAGCAGGUGUGUUUUCAUCGUAGAUACACGGAGCUCAUCACAGCGUCAGGAAGUAGAGUUUGUAGGAAAUGUUUUGGCAGCUCUGAGUCUUUCUCAAUACCCAAGUUCACAAAUACGGACUUGUGAACUUUUUAGAACGCAGUACGGACAAUUGGAACAGCAGCUUACUUGAUGACAUCACCACCUCAGCUGGUCUUGCUAAUGAGUUUAAUCCAUCUUUUUACUGUAAAGUAUUUUUACAAUCAAACUAAAUAUGACA